CUCAACAGUAGUAGCAACUAGUGUUUUUCUCGUUAUCAGAUCGUCCGAUACAUUUCCUUAUGCCUUCAUCCUGUCUGCCGGUUUUGGGUGCUCUUGACAACCGCCAUCUUUUACUCAAUCCACUGAUGGGCAGUAUUCUUUUAUUCCUUAAAUUUUAGUCUCCUUGGAAUGACAAGGAGGGCACCUAUUAAUUCCCGAUGGUUUUCAAAAAGAUUGCAAAGUCGAUCCUAUUCGCCAAGAUCGUCAUCUAUAGCGUUCAGCUCUACUUCGAUGUCCUAACCCAAUCAAUCGCUGCUUCAGUGCAUGGCCGGCGAGCAAAGUCCAGAGUCACCUCUCCCGAGUCGCCGAAAGAGCUACAGAAUAUCGUUGUGAUCGGGGCGUCGUUCUCUGGUUAUCAUGCUGCAAAGUUGCUGACCAACUCCCUUCCCCCGAACAGCCCGUAUCAGGUAGUGGUGGUGGAACCGAACAGCCAUUUUCAGUUCACCUGGGUUCUUCCACGGUUCUGCGUCGUUGAAGGGCACGAACACAAGGCAUUCAUCCCUUAUGGGCCGUACCUCAAGCCGGCGCCCAAGAGCAUGGUUCGAUGGAUCCAGGACCGCGUGGUCAGUGUAAGCAAAGAAAGCAUUCGACUGCAGAGUAGUACCGAAGAAAUCCCAUACGCAUUUCUGAUCAUCGCAACUGGCUCGGGUGCGGAGGACUCAUUACCCUCGCGGGUGGGCGCUCCAGGCAAGCCGGAGGGGGUCGAGCGGUGCAGGAAAAUGCAGAUGCGCAUCAAGGAGUCGAAGAGACCUUUGAUUGUCGGCGGAGGCGCGGCAGGUGUCGAGUUGGCCACAGAUGCCAAAUCGCUAUACCCGGAGAAACAUGUGGCACUGGUCCACUCUCGCCCGACAGUCAUGCAGCGCUUUGGUUCGGAGCUCCAGGCGGCCGCUCUGGAAGGGCUGGAAAGAUUAGGUGUCGAAGUUCACCUCAGCGAAAGAAUGGUAUCAGAAGAUGUGGAAUCUGGUACAGUAUUAUUGAAAUCGGGCAAAGUCCUAGAAUGCGAUGCCGUGAUACACUGCACUGGGCAGAAACCAUCGUCACAGCUCCUUUCCGACCUUGCUCCAGGAUCAAUUUCCGAGUCGGGCCAUAUCCGCGUGAAGCCGACGUUACAGAUUGCUGAUGACUCGCUUCCCAACGUAUACAUUAUCGGCGAUGUUGCGGACACUGGUACACGCAACCCAAAUGCUCGAUCUGCGAUGCGCCAGGGACAGAUAGCUGCAGACAACAUCACUCGGGUCACCUGGGGAAAGAAGCCAUCCCACCACUACAAGCCCUGGUGGGGUGAAGCCGUCAUCAAGCUCACAUUAGGACUAGAAAACUCUGUCACCCACUUUGGUGACGGAAAAACGGAACUGGUCUUCCCCGGGAAAGAGACGGACCCCGCCCUCAUGUGCGACGGGACAUGGAGGCACAUGGGAGUGACACCGUUUGAAGAUAGUUCAUGGCCGCAGGGCGAGUCGGAGGGUGUUGGAAGCUCCGCAAAGUUGGAGGUGUGAUGUAAUGCAUUAAGCUAACCAAGUUCAUUUUUGGAAAUCUAUUGAUGAUAAUGAGACCUAUAUAAAAUCAAACGCU